AUGGCUUGUCUUACGUCUCUUCUCGUUGUGCUGUGGGUCGGUGUCACAGUGGGCACGGUGGUGGAUCUGCAGAAGAGAAUCCUCGGAGGUCGAGAUUGUGCCAAUGACGAGCGUCAGUACCAUGUGGUUUUAGAAAUCUACAAUGGUACCCAUGAGUUCCUCUGUGGCGGCUCUCUGAUCAGUGACCGGUGGAUUCUGACUGCAGCUCACUGCUUCAAACCAAGAGGGACUAUUGUAGCAGUUUUAGGUGGACACCUACAUCCAGAAGAUAGAGUGUAUAUACCAGCCACACCUGAGAUCUUUAGAGACCAUGACAUCAUGCUGCUGAAGCUACCUGAACCCACUGAUAUUCCACCUGUACCACUUCCUGACU